AAUAAUGAGUUCAGCUAAUGGAAAGAGAAGAGUUCGUUAUUAUAGGUUAAGUAAAAAAAACCGGGAACAGCUGUUUAUUGUGUUUAUCUAUUUUGUGCUUAAUAAUAGAGCGACCAUCAAUAUAAUACCAAACAUUUUUAUUAUUAAUUGAUAGAAAAGAAUAUCUUCAUAUUAAGAUGAAGAAUAAAUGGUUUAAAUUAUUAUGCAACAAAGCCGAAUUACAACUUACAGGUACCUUGAAUGGUGGCCAAAGUUUUAGAUGGAAAAAACAUCCAAAACAUGAGGACGAAUGGAUAGGUGUAUUUUCAAACAGAGUUUGGAUUUUGAAGCAAGAAGACAGUUGUAUUUUCUAUCAAGUGUUUGAAAAAAAUACUACUGUUCAAAAUAAUAGUGAAACUGUGUAUAAUGAUAUUUUAAAGAACUAUUUUCAUCUAGAAUUAAAUCUCGCAAAAUAUUAUGAGGAAUGGUCUAAAUGUGAUAAAUAUUUUAAAGCUGCCGCAGAACAAUUUUAUGGAAUAAGAAUACUGAAACAAGAUGUUGUUGAGAACAUCUUUUCUUUUAUAUGUUCCUCAAACAAUCACAUUACAAGGAUAAGCAGUAUGGUAGAAAAGUUAGCAAAAUUUUAUGGUGAAGAGAUAUGUCAAGUUGAAGGAGAAACUUAUUAUUCAUUUCCUAGUGUCCAAGCAUUAUCUGAUGAGACAGUGGAAGAAACAUUAAAAUCAAAUGGUUUCGGCUACAGGUCAAAAUAUAUAAGUAAAUCUGCGAAAUUAAUAGUAGAACAAGGUGGAGAUGAAUGGAUAAAUAAUUUAAAAAAUAUGCCAUAUCAUGAAGCUAAGAAAUCAUUAAUGACUCUAACUGGAAUAGGAGCAAAGGUAGCAGAUUGUAUAUGUCUUAUGUCACUGGGGCAUUUACAAGCCAUUCCUGUAGAUACUCACAUUUAUCAAAUUGCUAAACGGCUGUAUAUGCCCAAAUUGCCGAAUAAUAAGACUGUUACAGAAAAAGUGUAUAAUGAUAUUGGAGAACAUUUCAGAUCAAUAUUUGGUCCAUUAGCUGGAUGGGCGCAUACAGUUUUGUUUUGUGCGGAUCUUAAAAAGUUUCAAGAAAAUUAUGGAGAUGAAGAAAAGAAAAAACCAAAUAAGAAAUUGAAAACGAAAAGAUGAACCUACAAAUGCAUUUUAUGUUUUAAGUUUUACUCAAAAUUCAGAUGAAAUUAUAUUUUAUUUUGUCGGAAGGACACUUUUUUAUAAAAAAAUAUAUAAUGUGAUUCAAUAA